AUGAGUAAUUUAAAAGAAGAACAAACAUAUCAGAGUUGUGAAAAUGACAUUACAAACGAAAAAUCAACUUUGUCCAAUGAGAAAAACUCAAAAGAAACAAUACUGAAGAAGAAAAUCACAAAAAAAGUGAGUUUCCACCUUGAUGAGGACGAGACAAAUGAAAAAAAGGAAGACAUGCAAAUUAAUGAUUCAUAUUUCAAAGGAUAUCAAAUUGGCGAAAUUUCCCAUGCGAGCAGUGACAAUGGGGGGCAGCAUUAUUGUAGGGAGAAUGAUUACAUUCAGAAUGCCACAAAAGUGGUAGACGAAAAUUUGGACAGUUUCAUGAAAAACAGUUCAGCGAAAUGCACAGGUGAUAGAAUAAGUGAAUAUAACUGUUGGAUGAAAGAAAAUGUCCCAAAUGGAAAUUCAGGAAUCUCCAACGAGCACAUGAUUCCCUACAACCAAGAUAUUGAGGAUAAACUUUUCACCAACCAAGAUAAUCUACAUAAACUCCCUUCGCCCCAGAACAACCUGAACGAAUACAAAAACAAAGAGAAAGAACCAAUUUACACUAAAUAUGAUAAACGUGAAUAUUUGGGGAAUGAAAAAAAUGGUAUGCUCUUAAAGGAUGAGCUAACAGAAGACGAAGGAGAUCAAACGAUUUCCCAUAAAAAGAAUGGCAAAAAAGAAAAAAAAAUAGAAAUUAAAACAGAAGACACAAACUUCGAAAAAUCGUACAACGAGAGUUUAAAUAAUUACAAUUCUUCUUCCUUCGUUGAUAUACUAAACUCAAUUCAAGGAAAUUUAAAUGGUACACCGAAUGGAAACAUAAAUGGUAUACUGAAUGGAAACAUAAAUGGUAUACUGAAUGGAAACAUAAAUGGUAUACGGAAUGGAAACGUAAAUGGUACACGGAGUGGAAGUGCACAAAAUGAAUAUACCCCCAAUGGUUUCCACAUUAAUGGAGAGAACAAAAUGAAGAGUAUAAAUUACGAAAAUGUAGAUUUUACAGAAAAUGUGGAAUGCAAUAACUUGCAAUUGAUUGCAUGUAUCCAUUGUGGAGAUAGCAUAAAGGCUAAUGCAUCAAAAAUGUGCAGUAAUUGUAUUUUACAAAAUGUUGAAAGUAGUAGUAUAAACAUAAAUAAGGACACGUAUUUAAUAUACUACUGUCGUGAGUGUAAGAGAUAUCUACACAAUAGAUGGGUUUAUUGUGAAUUAGAAAGUAAAGAAUUACUAGCUUUAUGUUUAAAAAAAGUGAAUAAAUUAAAAAAAUUAAAAAUAUUAGAUGCUAAAUUUUUAUAUACGGAACCACAUAGUAAGAGAAUCAAAAUUCAUUUGAGUGUUCAGGAAGAAUUAAUAAAUAAUUUUAUCAGUGAAAUGGAAUUAAUUUUACAUUAUGUAAUCAAAUAUACACAGUGUGAUGAUUGUAAGAAAAAAUAUACACCUUACACAUACAAUACAUGUGUAUCAGUAAGGCAAAAAGUUGAACAUAAAAAAACGUUACUAUUUUUAGAAAGCUUAUUAUUAAAAUGUAAUAUGAACGAAAAUAUUAUUAACAUUGUAUCAAAUCCUGAUGGGUUAGAUUUUCACUUUUUAUCCAGAACAGAUGCUUUAAAAUUUUGUGAUUUUAUAUUAAGCAAAACUAUGUCAAAAUGUAAAAAUUCGAAGCAUUUAAUAAAUCAUGACGCAAAUAAUAAUACCUAUAAUUAUUUAUACUCUUUUUCGAUUGAUAUAUGUCCUAUAUGCAAAUAUGAUUUAAUUUUUUUCCCCAAAGAUUUAUCCAUUAAGUAUGGAAUCAAAAGUACUUUCUACCUAUGUAUACAUGUAUCUAUAUUCAUUAUACUAAUUAACCCUUUCUGUUCUUCAAACAAUGUGCAUAUAUCUCAAGAACGAUACAAUAAACACCCCUUUCUGCCACUACUCAGUAAAGCAGAUUCUAGAGUCUUCUUAAUACUGAACGUGGAAUACAUUGACAAUGAUUCAUACUCAAAAAAUGAAUGCAAAAAUGGUGUUGUCAAUGGAAAACUCCGUGGCAACAGCAAUGGAAAUGCACAUCAUGAUGGAAAUAUAAAAGUUAAUGGAAAUAUGAGAGGUGCACAAAAAGGAAGGGGAGAAAUAAAAGAAAUGGAAGAAUGGGACUCAAAUCUACCGAAUGAUAAAAACAAUAACCUAAAAAGAAAAACAAAAAGCUCUACAAAUACUAAUAAUAUAGUAUAUGAUUCCUCCGAUGAUGAUUACCAAUUGAAUGAUUACAACAAUUCCCAAGCAGAUACAAAAAGCUGCAAAUCGUCCACAAGAAAAGUAAAGUUGGACAAACUGGUUUAUGCAUACGUUGAAUUGUAUGAUGAAUCUGAAGGAAAUACAAUUCUGACAAAAACAUGUAAUGCAAAACAUUUGAAACCAGGAGAUUACGUGAACGCAUAUGAUUUAAGAAAACACACUUUUGAUAAUGAUAUAAGUUUAUAUCUGGAAAAAGAUGAUAAUUACAGUAUAAUUAUUAUUGAUAAAGUAAAAUCAAAGGAAAGACAAAAAAUAGAAAAUGAAUUACAAGUUCAAAAUAACAAUAUUGAAACUAUGAAAAAUAUUAAUGAUGAAGAUAUUUUCAAAAGGAUCCUUUUGAAUAAUUGUAGAGAUAUGGAAAACAUAACAAUUCAUUGA